AUGUUCACUUUGGUUACACAUUGUGCUACUUGUCAAAAGUCUAAGAGUACUUUCCAUAAAGGUCUCUAUACACCUUUACCAGUUCCUCAUCAACCAUGGGAUAGUGUGAGCAUGAAUUUUAUAGAAGGGUUGCCACGAACUCAAAGAGGGAAAGAUGCCAUAAUGGUGUGUGGGGAUCGUUUCUCUAAGAUGGCUCACUUUGUUCCUAUGCACAAAACUGAUGAUGCAUCACAUGUAGCUGAUAUAUACUUUAGAGAGAUCAUUAAAUUACAUGGCAUACCAAGGACCAUUGUAUCUGAUAGGGAUUCUAAAUUCCUAAGUCACUUUUGGAGAUGCUUGUGGCGCAUGCUAGGUACUAAGUUACUCUUUAGUACUAGUCAUCAUCCUCAAACAGAUGGUCAAACUGAGGUGACAAAUCGUACAUUGGGAACUUUGCUAAGAGGAUUGGUAGUGUACGGUAUUAAUCCUUUACUUCCUAUUGAUUUUGUUGCAACGCCUAAGCAUGAGAUACAUAUGGAUGCAAAGAAGAGAUUAGAAGCAUUCAACAAAACUUGUGAACAAGUGAAGGCAAGGAUUGAAAAGAUGAAUAUCCAAUACAAGACAAGAGCUAACAAGGGGCGCAAACAACAUAGGUUCAAGGGAGGUGAGGAUAGAAAGGAUUCUCAUAUCAAGAAAGAUCCGAGGGCUAUACAUAAGAUUCGAACAUUGCAAGAUUUGAUCUUUGGUUACCAAGAACCAAUCUUGACACUUCAAGAUUGCUACGACAAGGUUCAAGAAGUGGUUAUACACCAAAGAUUCCACUUUGUGUUUCCAAGAUUGCAUCAAGAUCCAAUCUUUAGGAUCAAGCAAGGUGAAGGAGACACUUGA